AUGCUUGUCGUGCUAGGUGUCCUGGCGAUUACGAUCGGCGCUGCACUCGGUGCGGGUGCCACGGCUGCACUCGCACACGCAAACCGCAUCCACGCGCCGGCGAUGGAUGCGCUUAUCUACGCGACGCCACGCGGCGCAGAUUUCUCUGCUGAGGCGGUGCAUGUGCCUAUGGGCACCCCCGCCGAGCCAGGCUUUUGGUCUCUGGAUCAGGCAGCGCUACGUGUGCGCGACAGCCUCGCCAGCAAGCGUCUCGUCCGCCGCGCCGAAGGCGAAAGUUGCGGCGAGCCCAAGCUCAGCCCCGGCCAAAAGGCCGGCUAUGCUGUCCUGAUUCCUGUCCUCGUGAUUCUCUCGGGUAUCUUUGCGGGUCUCACGCUUGGGUACAUGUCGCUGGAUGGGACGCAGCUCCAGGUGCUUACAGCCCAAGGCUCGCCCAAGGAGCAGCGCAUGGCCGCCAAGAUCAUGCCCAUUAUCAAGGACGGUCACCACCUGCUUACGACGCUCCUGAUCGCCAACAUGAUCACGAACGAAACACUGCCGAUUAUUGCCGACCCUCUUUUAGGCGGCGGUAUCCAAGCCGUAAUUGUAUCGAUCGUGUUGGUCGUCAUCUUUGCCGAGCUCAUUCCGCAGAGUGUAUGCUCGCGCUACGGGCUGCGUAUCGGCGCAUCGAUGGCGUUCUUUACGCGCUGCGUCAUGAUCAUUCUGUGGCCGAUCGCUUGGCCCGUCUCGCGCAUCCUUCACUAUACGCUCGGACCGCACCAAGGCACCGUGUAUCGCCGUGCAGAACUCAAAGAGCUCGUCACGAUGCACGCUGCGGCGGGUGGGCGUGGUGGUGACCUCAAGGGCGACACGGUGACUAUUGUCGGCGGCGCACUCGACAUGCAGGAAAAGGUCGCAAAGGAGGCCAUGACGCCGAUCGACAAGGUGCACAUGAUCCCCAUCACGGCGUGCCUCGACUAUCCCACGCUCGAAGAGAUUGUGCGCUCGGGGCAUUCGCGUAUUCCGGUGUACCAGGACGUGGAAACGAACCUGGCCUCGUCGGGAACGUGGACGCCCAAGGCCAACCCUGCGAACCCCGUCUCGCUGCUGCGCAACACGCUCGGCCGCAUGCAGACCGGCACCAACUCGCCCCGCCCGACCGGCGACCGCGCAGAGUCUGGCACGCAUCCUUUGGGCGGCCGCCGGGGCAGUGCGCAGCAAGGCUCGUCGGGCUCGCAGACGACGGUGCGUCGCAAGAUCAUUGGUGCGCUGCUUGUAAAGCAGUGUGUGCUCCUUGACCCGGAGGAUGCCGUGCCGGUGAGCGAGGUGCUGAUCAAUGCCCUUCCGACUGUCCCCUGGGACGAGCCGCUGCUGAACGUGCUCAAUGUCUUCCAGGAAGGCCGCUCGCAUAUGGCUAUUGUCUCGCCGCACUCCUCGCUCGAUUCCAAGGCGACUGUGCCGGCUAAGGCCUAUGUGUCGAACGCAGGUGAGGAAGAGGCGAGUGUUGGCUCCCCACCCCUGGCCAAGGCGCUGCCCGUGUCGCGUCUGCACCGCAUCAUACACCGCAUGCGCGGUGGCGAUGCGAGUGACUUUGAGAACCCCGAGCACCCGAUGAGUGCGAGCGGAACGCUCCCCCAUGCUACCGUUGUGCAGCAGAACAAGGUCCCCCAUGCCCCGCUCGGCAUUAUCACGCUCGAGGAUGUGCUGGAGGAACUGAUUGGCGAAGAGAUUCUGGACGAGUACGAUUCGACGGGCGACGACGCCAGUGUGCGCAGCGGCGGCAUGCUUGCUGCGCAGAUUCACGCCGGUCUUGAAGACGCCAAGCCCGAGACGACGACGGACAACUUGGAUGAAAAGCCCAAGUUUACCGCGACGCUCAGCGACGCGCCUGGCGAGAUCGAUGCGGCUUCGGACCCUAGUUUAAAAAGCCCUGCAUCGGCUGGCGAGAUGCACGAGGCGCCUGCGCCUCCCCUUGCCAGUCCCGUAACAGGGAUCCUGAAAAAGUAA